AUGACCCCCCCGCGCCUCGAGUUCGGCGGCACGCCCGGCGUCGUCGCCAUCGUCCUCCUCUCCCACCUCGCCGCCUUCUACGUGCUCCUCUGCGUCUGCGCGCACGGCGGCGCGCUCUUCCUGCCAACCUCCCCGAACGCGCUCCUCGCCGACCUCCGCGCGCACGCGACGCCGACGCCGGCGACGGUCGCGGCGUACCUCGGCUUCCUCGCAACGCAGGCGGUCCUCGCGAUGACGCUCCCGGGGGCAAUCGUCCUCGGGCUCCCGAUCGAGACGGAGCCGUUCGACGUCGUGUACGAAGCGCCGCUUCGACUCGAGUACAGAUGCAACGCGCUCGCGGGGUGGUGGGUCACGCUCGUCGCCCUCGGCGCGCUCGUCUACUUCCGCGGCGACGCGCCGCUGCUGUGGAUCGCGGACAACUGGGGCCGCCUGAUGACGACCGCGAUCGUCGUCGCGGAUAUCGCGUCCGUCGUCGCGUACGUCUCGGCGACGAUCUACGACUGGUUCACCGGCGCGGAGCUCAACCCGCGCGUCUUCAGCGGGAGGCUCGAUCUGAAGAUGUGGAGCGAGAUUCGAGUGUCGUGGGUCACGCUGUUCGUGUUGACGCUCGCCGCGGCCGCGAAAGCCGGGUUUAACUCGUCCUCGAUGUUGCUGCUGACCGCGCACUGGCUGUACGCGAACGCGUGUCAGAAGGGCGAGGAGAGCGUGCCGUUCACGUUAGAUAUAUUCCACGAGAAGUGGGGGUGGAUGUUGAUCUUCUGGAACCUCGCGGGUGUUCCUUUUCUGUACUCCGCGAACGCGUUCUUCAUCGCGCACGCGAGCGCGGCCGCCGACGCCGCGUGGGGCGACGACGUAACGGACGUGUACGAGCCGUUAUCCAUCCUCGCGUCGCUCAGCGUGCUCUUCGUGCUGCUGGUCGCGUACUACGUCUGGGAUACCGCGCAGUCGCAGCGGACGCGGUUCAGGAUGCAACGCCAGGGGACCUACGUCCCGAGAGGCGCGCUCGCGUUCCCGUCGUUGCCGUGGGGGAUGCUGACGGACCCGACGUUCAUCGAAACGCGCGUCGGGAGUCCGUUACUCACGUCCGGGUGGAUCGGCCGCGCGAACAAGAUCCACUACACCGCGGACUUCAUCAUGGCCACGUGCUGGGCGCUAUCCUGCGGGGUAACGCCCUGGUUCCGCGCGUUACCGUGGACGUACCCCACGUUCUUCGGGUUCAUGAUCGCGCACCGCGCGGGCCGCGACGAACGGCGGUGCGCGGAAAAGUACGGCGAGGACUGGACGCGGUACAGGGAGAUCGUACCGCACCGGUUCGUCCCGGGCUGGUUUUGA